UGUCGAAUCAGAAACCAACUUCAGCCUCGUUAUAUCACCCACUGCAACCUAGCGGUCACCUCGUUCAGCCGAAGGCGGAAACACACCAAGAGUUUAACGAGGGCUGCCUGAGCUAAGCUAAGCCACCGUCCGGUUCAGGAUGCUCUCUCGGUUGUUAUUCAGCCUCAUCAACAACCUCCAUGUCGUGGAGAAGUUGGCAGAAUCUCGUCCGAUUCGCAGGGCGGCCCAGAUCACCGCCUACACCAUUACCAAGGCUCAGAUAGCCGGCCGGGACGCCUCGGAGCGGGUCCUGCGCUCCCAGACGCUGCGGCAGGUCCGGGAGGAGGCCGGCAGAGUCCCCGGGGACCUGGGGGAGAUGGGCGGCCGCCUCCGGAGAGUCCGAGAGACAUUUGUGAAUGAAGUGAAGGAGGGAUGGAAGGACGGCUCCAGGAAGAUCAAGAAAUAAAGAGAGACUGGCUGGAGGACACUACAAAGAGACCAGAUCCAACUUCUGUGGCUGGUUGUUGAGAAACUUCAGGGAUUACUUAGUGAUGGACAGUCUGCCUCAGCUGUGUCGGUGGUCUGCACCAUCAGACAGCUGGACACCGAUCACCGAUCACAUGGUGGUUAAUCAUAUAAAAUAUACAUAUAUAUACACAUUCACUGUACUGUCACGUUUCUGAGAACACACACAAGUAUUCAACCCUUCAGAAAAGUCUGCAGAAAGGUGGAAACAUUUUUCAGUGGAUUUUUUGUUCUAGUGAUUUAAAUUAAAAACCUUUUAAAAAAUAGACUACUGGAGCUGCCUUUUCAUUGUUCGCCUCUUCACAUUAAUCUAUGAUACAGAACAAUACACAGGUGGUUCAACUAAUGAUGACCUGGUAAAUGUUGUUUGUUUGUUGUUUCCCAUUUUACUCCAUCGAUGUGCAAUCGUGCACUUAUGACACCAAUUCAUGCCAAAAAGCUACUGUAGAUCUGUACACAAAAGUUGUCUAAAUACUUGUAUUAGUCUACAGUGUAAAUAUAUAUAAAGGGAGAUGUUGGGUGUAUUCUGAUUGUAUAAAUAAAGAUUAUAAUUUAUAACUGCC